CCCGUCAACCUGACGAACUGGAACAACUAGAUAUGCAAUUAUUAACAGUUGAAAAUGGUGGCACGUUUUAAUCCCUAAUUAAUCCCUUCUUGUAUCUCUCAUCUUCAAUUGCGUCUUUCUUACUCUCUCUCAUCUUAUAUACACAUAUAGCAAUUUACAGUGACCCACAUACAUAUCGAUCAGUCACAUCUGAUCUUCUUCUCCACCUUCAACAGUCACAAUGCCAGGUCUCGUCUCAGUCAAAACACCGCCGGAAACUCCGCCGCUCCGAAUCACCGUUCCCGACGACAACACUCCCCAACAGAUCCGACCCAGUUCCGCCCGAUCCGAAGCGUUAAACCCCAAGACCACAUCGCCGGUCCCGAGGCGACCUCCCUCGCCUUCCCCGUCGACAUCACGGGCCAAGCCGUCUCCGGAUCGGAGCUUCGUCAAGAAGAAGUCGCCGGAGAAGCCAGUCAUCGACGAAUCGUCUCUCGACAACCCCGAUCUCGGCCCGUUCCUUCUCAAACUCGCGCGUGAUACAAUCGCCGCCGGUGAUGGCCCCAGCAAGGCGUUGGACUACGCGCUCCGGGCGUCGAAGUCGUUUGAACGGUGCGCCGUCGACGGCGAGCCGAGCUUGGACUUGGCGAUGAGCUUGCACGUAGUGGCAGCGAUUUACUGUAGUUUGGGGAGGUUUGAGGAGGCGAUUCCGGUGCUGGAUAGGGCAAUUAAGGUUCCGGAUGUGCCGGGGGGAGCUGAUCACGCUCUCGCUGCAUUUUCGGGGUAUAUGCAACUCGGCGACACUCAUUCGAUGCUCGGACAGUUGGAUCGGUCGAUUGAGUGUUACAAGGAAGGGUUGAAGAUACAGAUGGAGGUGCUAGGUGAGACAGAUCCAAGAGUUGCAGAGACUUGCAGGUACUUAGCUGAGGCCCAUGUUCAGGCAAUGCAAUUUGACGAGGCUGAAAAUUUGUCCAAGAGAACCCUUGAAAUCCACCGUGUGCACAGUUCACCGGCAUCUCUUGAAGAAGCAGCUGACCGGCGGUUGAUGGCCCUCAUAUGCGAGGCUAAAGGAGACUAUGAAUCAGCUCUUGAACACCUUGUGCUUGCCAGCAUGGCAAUGAUUGCCAAUGGACAAGACAAUGAGGUUGCUGCUAUUGAUGUCAGCAUUGGCAACAUCUACUUGUCCCUAUCUCGUUUUGAUGAGGCCGUCUUCUCCUACCAGAAGGCACUCACUGUCUUCAAAUCGUCAAAGGGUGACAACCACCCUUCAGUUGCUUCUGUGUUUGUACGCCUAGCUGAUCUAUACUACAAGACAGGAAAGUUGCGAGAGUCCAGAUCAUAUUGUGAAAAUGCCCUCAGAAUAUAUGCAAAACCUGUGCCUGGAACGACUGCAGAAGAGAUUGCAAGUGGGAUGACAGAGAUUUCAGCCAUUUACGAAUCUUUCAACGAACCUGAGGAGGCACUGAAGCUCUUGCAGAAGGCAAUGAAAUUGCUGGAGGAUAAACCAGGGCAGCAAAGUACAAUUGCAGGAAUAGAGGCUCGAAUGGGUGUUAUGUUUUACAUGGUUGGAAGGUAUGAAGAUGCCUACAGCUCUUUCAAGAGUUCUGUAGCAAAACUGAGAGCCAGCGGAGAGAGGAAAUCAGCGUUCUUUGGGGUUGUCUUGAACCAGAUGGGUUUGGCUUGUGUACAGUUGUUCAAAAUAGAUGAGGCUGCCGAGUUGUUUGAGGAAGCAAGAGAAAUACUGGAACAGGAGUGCGGUCCAUGUCAUCAAGAUACUCUUGGAGUGUAUAGCAACCUUGCAGCGACUUAUGAUGCUAUGGGAAGAGUGGAAGAUGCAAUUGAGAUUUUGGAGUAUGUACUAAAACUGAGAGAAGAAAAGCUUGGAACAGCCAAUCCUGAUUUUGAUGAUGAAAAGAAAAGGCUGGUUGAGCUCCUGAAAGAAGCGGGCAGGUCACGAAACAAAAAAGCAAAAUCAUUAGAGAACCUUAUCGACCCCAACUCUAAGAGGACAAAGAAAGAGGCAUCAAAGAAGUGGUCGCCCUUUGGUUUUAGAAAUUGACGGCGCAUUUCUGCAUUUUCUCCUUGCUUUUCACACGUGCAUAUGCUGUAACAUAGAAGAUCGUGUAUGGGGUUUGAUUUAUGACUUGGUGAGGCUUCCUGUUUCUUUCUCCACUGGUUUUUUCUCUGGUAAAUUUUUUUUUUGAUUGGAUAUCUAUUUGUGAUCUUGAAGAUGUUAAAUGAAAAGUAAAUUGUAUCU